AUGCCAGAACUGAAGGAUAAAAAUCGAAUGCUCAGCUAUGACUACGAUAGUCACAAGCACCUCCUUUACUGGCCAGAGUCCAAUAGAUAUAAGACUACAAAACCAGAAACUCGUGGAACUAUGCAGUACACAAUGCCAGGAAUAAAAGAAGAAUUCAUCAGAAGUCCCAUUGAUCAUCGGUAUCAAGAAACAUUUACAAAAUUCUUCCCCUCUUAUGACCUUGACCUGAACCAGAAAGGAUUGAUUUGGUUUAUUAAGAAAGGAGUACUAGAAGGAGCGCUCAAUGGAACAUCUGACAUGCUAGCUUGGCUUGGACAGGGGAAAGAUAAAGCUGGAAGACCUUCAGAAAUCACGCAAGUCACUAUGGAGUUGUGGACUCUUCGCUUCCAAUUAUUGCUCAAUUUACGAAUGCAUGCGCAGUUGUUAGCUGAGUUGGCGGCGUUUGAAGACCUAGAUGCACCCGAUUUGUUCUAUCAGUACAAAUCUGCAGACAAGACAGGUAGUCUGGUUCCGUUUUCACUACGAAUCAUUCACGCCGAGGCUCUCCGAUUUUCACCGUUUCCGUGGCAUAGUAUGAUAAGAAUCGAAGCACUUCAGUCGCAAGUUGAACAGAUUGUCAACAUUUUUCGGAUGCAAAACGCGCCUGCCAGUCAAAUUGAAGAUUGGGAAAAACGAUUGCAAUGUGUCAAGUACUUGUUCGUACGAGUACUUCACGAACUAGGGGAGUACAAAAUUGCUAUCAAAACGUUGGACAAAGCACGUCAAGAGACGAAGAAUCAAGAGGAGAAGGUGGUUUUGACUCGAGCACUGAUGAGAAUGGCGAUGCAAGCCGGGGAUGAGAAGGCUAUGCAUUAUUUCGCUGAGAAAGCAAGUCAUUUGUCUAAUGGGACUAAUUUGAUGAUUGUGCAUAAAGCCAUGAGAAGUAUUUUCUUGGGAUCAAACAAUCACGCACAAGAUUACAUAGGAAGAAUAAAAGAGAAUGAGGAUCAAACGCCACAAUUCCUGAAUACAAAAUCGAUUAUUCAACUGUAUACAGGAAGAGCGAGAGAUGCUGUGGAGACAAUCAGUAUGAUCCGACCGAUUGUGCCUGGUCCCACCACCACAAACCUGAAAACUAUUGCUGAACUAUGCUAUUCCACAGCCGCAAAGGAUGAACUUCUCAUUAGAUAA